AUGCCUUCGGUUAACUUUACAGAAAAUUUAAAACUCGAAUAUAAAAACUUGUUGUUGGCUGACCCUACUUUCUAUCGUUCGAGUCGCAUCGACAUGUUGCUCGGCAGCGACGUAUUUCCGUUUAUUUAUGACGGUGGAAGGUAUAGUCCGUCGCGGCAAGGAUUACCGUUGGCGUUAAGUAGUGUAUUUGGUUACGUAAUUACGGGUCAGCUGUCUUGCAAUAAUACGAGUAACACUAGAAAUGUAUCAAUGUGCAUGUUAAGCAGCGAAUCAAAAGUCGAUGACUUAAUUAAAUCGUUUUGGGAAACAGAAAGCUUAGUCGCUGAUUUGCCCAAAAACCCGGAUGACGUCAUCACUGAACAGAUGUUUGUAAAUGAUUAUAAGCGUGAUAGUACAGGUCGAUACAUUGUUAAAUACCCGUUUAAGCCUGACUCUGAACUGGGAAACUCAAGGCAAAUUGCGAUAAAAAGAUAUCAAAAUUUAGAACGUAAACUGUCGCGUUUACCAGACCUACGGAAGGAAUAUAAAAAAUUUAUGGAUGAGUACGCUUCGCUCGGUCAUAUGAUUUGUGUCGGCGAGGUAUCAGAAGUGGAAUCAGGGUACGUCAUUCCCCACCACUGCGUACAUAAGCCUGACAGCAGUAGUACUCGUCUCCGUGUAGUUUUCGACGCGUCUUGUCAAACCUCAAAUAAUAAAUCUUUAAAUUCUGUUUUAUACACGGGCCCGAAGUUGCAGGCUGAUCUCGUGGAACUUUUGAUACGUUUUCGGUUACGUAAGAUUUCCUUAUGCGGUGACAUAUCUAAAAUGUACCGUUGUAUUUUAAUUGAUGAGUCCCAACGUAAAUAUCAACACAUUUUGUGGCGCGACUCGCCCAGUGAGCCCAUUAAAGUGUACGAGCUGUGCACCGUGACGUAUGGUGUAGCGAGUAGCCCGUUUCUAGCGAUACGCACGCUACAGCAGCUAGCCGCGGACGAAGGCGCCCGCUUCCCAGAGGCUUCUCGUGCUCUGCGCGAAGGAUUUUUUGUGGACGAUUUAAUUUGGUCUGUGGAUAACUUGGAAGAGGCUCUUAAGAUUCAGCGGCAAUUGGUCGAAUUACUGAGGCUUGGUGGAUUCGAAUUACGCAAGUGGUCAAGUAAUAGCGAUCAAUUACUUAAAGAACUGCCUAGUGAUCAAGUUGAGCCCCCAGUGCAAUUCGACGACGAGGUACUAUGGUUUCACGUGAAUGGCACUGACAACCCCGCCGAUGUGUGCUCUCGCGGCGCCACGCCAGCCGAUUUGCUGCUGAUCGCAGAUCAGUGGUUCCGUGGCCCUCGAUGGUUAUACAAGCCACCGCAUACGUGGCCUGUCAGAUCGAUAACAGAGUUCAAAGGUGAACCAUUGGAACUCAAACCUCUUAAAGAAAACACUUUACUUAGUGAAACGUCAAAUCUUCAGAAAAGAGCACCCGAUGGAGAGACUGGUAGUCCAAGGCCGGGUGGAAGGCAGGAGAUCACGCGGCCGCUCACCAACCCGCUGGACUGGCCUAAUAAAGAAGGCAACUGA